AUGAGGCUACAACAACUCAAUUUGUUCCUUUUAUUGCUCUUUGUUGCCAAAGCAAACGGGACUCUACUCCCAUUCAUAGAUCCUCCCAGAGGCCUCUUGGCUGAUCUCUGGUCUGAUCGCUUCCCAGACCCGUUUCGUGUGCUGGAACAAAUUCCAUUUGGGGUUGACAAAGAUGAGCAAUCCGUGGCCUUGUCACAUGCUAGAGUGGACUGGAAGGAGACCCCAGAAGGGCAUGUGAUAAUGCUGGAUGUGCCAGGGUUGAAGAGAGAAGAGAUAAAGAUAGAAGUGGAAGAGAGGGUGCUGAGAGUGAGUGGUGAAAGGAAGAGAGAGGAGGAGAAAAAGGGGGAUCACUGGCACAGAGUGGAGAGGUCCUAUGGCAAGUUCUGGAGGCAGUUCAGGUUGCCACAAAAUGUGGACUUGGACAGUGUGAAGGCUAAGCUGGAGAACGGGGUGCUCACUUUGACUCUUGACAAGUUGUCACCUGAUAAGAUCAAAGGUCCAAGGGUGGUGAGCAUUGCUGGGGAGGAUCAGCAGCAAGCCAAGCUCAGCAAAGAUGGGGCCAAGCAGGAGCUUUGA